AGGACCAUAAUCCAUAUGUCCUUCUUCGGAAUUCAUGGUGUCUCCGGAGAAGAAGAAGAGAAGGUUGUUGGAGUUGAACAACAAGGGUUUAGAGUACGAGCCACAAAACUCAUCCGAUGGCCUAAAUUAGGUAAUAUUUGGGGAUGGAUUUUUUAUCGACGAAAGGAGACUCCAACUCUCGAAGGAACGAACCGAGAAAAGAAAACAGAAGAAAAUCAAAGAAGCGGUGCGAGAAAGGGGAAAGAAAGGAGGUGCCUUUCCAUGGCGGCCGAGGGUUCCAGCCGCGGCGGCGGCGGCGGCCGGAAAGCCUCCUGGCUGGGGAUGUCAUCGGAGGGCGGCGCGGCCAAGUUCCUGUCUGGCUUGCCGUCGCGCGGCAAUUUCUCCUCGAUCUCCGCCUCUUCCACUCUCGGACGGCUCAGGGUUUACGUCUGCGAGCAUGACACGGAUCCUCCAGAGGGACAAGUUAUAGAGACCGAUACAACAAAUAUUUUGAUCAGACAUCUCCAGCUAAAGAAAAAGGAGAUGGAUGCCAAAGAAGCCAAAGAGGCCAGAGAUGCAGGUUCUAGGAACCAAGGGGAAACCGUCAAAUGGAAAAGAGUUGCUCCCAGAAGUUUGGAUGGCCAAAGUUCAUCUAAAAGGCCCAAUUUGGGUAGCUCCUCUGGGCUGUCUUCUGCUGAAGAAGCGGCACCUGGAUUUUCAGGUCACACACUACAGACAUUCACAGUUGAGAGGUUGCGUGCACUUCUGCGACAGAGGGGCCUCAUGACCAAAGGGAAAAAGGAUGAACUCAUCGCUCGCUUAAGAGAAUCACAGGACUGAUCUAGAGAAAGCUCGUGCCGUACUCUCUUUGUAGGUUGAUGCAAUGUGUUUCCUGAUUUGCUAUGUCAAGCUUUGCUGGGAGCAGAAUGAGAACCAGGCUUCAUCUGUUGGCUGGAUGUUAAGGCUCUAGGAGAUGUAGUCACUUAGGUUGGGCCUUGAGAACUUGUGCCUAAUUGCAUUAGCUUGUCAGAAAUUUGGGCUUGGGUUCCCUGUUUGUUAGGGCUUAUCCAGUGCUUUACUUGGUACAUGUAGAAGGCUAAUCUGGCAGUGUUUGUAACCUUUUGUCUCAUACUGGAGGAGUUACCAUGCUAAUUUACAAGCAUAGUUAAAAGCUAAUCGUACCAUGUUUGACCAA